AUGGCUGUGUCAAAAACUAUAUGGCAUUGCGCCGGUUUGUUAUUGUUUAUUGUGGUAUCUUGUACCGCGCUUUCCGGCUUAUAUAUAGAUAAUGGUGUGGACCAGACUAUUAUCCACCACUCAAUGACGCGUCAUGAAAGACAGGUUGUUGAACACGAAAUAUUAGAAUUGUUAGGACUCGGCGAGAGACCGAGGCGUGCGCAAACGCCACCCUUGGACCGCUCAGCGCCAAGCUUUUUGCUGGACGUCUAUAAGCAGUUAGCUGAGGAGCACGAACAAGCUCGGCCUACCCGGAGCUCUGAAAUGGCUCUUAGCGGCGAAGAGCAAAAUGCAAUCGACGAGAGCGAUCUUAUUAUGACAUUUCAAAGCAAAAAACACCACUUGGGCGUCUUACGUCAUGGUCACGGAAGGCAUAUUUGGUUUGAAGUUACUGGCGCUCCUAGUGACGCUUCCUCAUUACUUACUGCUGAGUUGAGACUCCAUCAGGCACCAAAACAUACAGUGGAGCCUGCUGAUCUUUACACCGUUGUUGUUCAUCGGGUGAUGAGCGUUGAUAACUUAGGAGGUAUGCAAAUGGAGCAGGUGGCAGCAGUAAACACGAGCGCCAGCGCUGAAGGGUGGCUGGAGUUCAACGUAACUGCUGCCUUAGCUUCGUGGCUUGGAGCCCCAGCAGACAAUCGUGGCUUCUUUAUCACUCUCCACCCUCAUACACAACCAGAACGCCAUGUUAAACCGGAAGAAAUAGGUUUGGAAGAGAAUCACGGACCUAACUCCGAAGGCAAGCAGCCAUUUUUGGUAGCAUUUUUUAAAAAUGGUCCAAAAUUAGGCGGUGCUGAUGCGGGAGCUAGGAAAAAAAGAGAGGCAAGGCGGUGGCGCUCACAUGGAUAUUCAGAAAAUUAUUUGAGGAACCCUCUAACAGACACAUUACAUUGGACCACCCGGAGUUGUGAAAUUCAAACACUUUACGUCAGUUUUAAGGAUUUAGAAUGGCAGGAUUGGAUAAUAGCCCCCGAAGGAUAUGGGGCCUUUUAUUGCAGUGGAGAAUGUAAUUUCCCCUUGAAUGCUCAUAAAAACGCUACUAACCACGCAAUCGUCCAAACGUUGGUUCAUCUUUUAUAUCCAAACCAGGUACCGAAACCAUCGUGUGCACCUAUCAAAUUGUCUCCUAUAUCCGUGUUAUACUAUACAGACGACUCGAAUGUAAUUUUACGAAAAUACAAAAAUAUGGUCGUUAAAAGUUGUGGGUGCCAUUAA